CUUUUUUCUAUAUUAGCGAAAUAUACAUAGCGUUUAUAUUAUCACGAUUCUGUAUAUUCAAUGAGCUGUUUAGAUGCGUAUAACGCGACCAAUCAAACGUCAAUAAACGAUGACAAACGCGUCAACGACACUUUACGAAAACAGACAACCCACAAAAAAAAUCGUAUUCGAUUUUCCAUACCAUGUUAUAAAAAAAAACAAACCGAAUCACAUCGACAGAUAGCAACACACAUCCAAAUGCCGUCGAAACUCGAGCAAAUCCUCCAAAUCGAACCCGACGCCGAGCUCAAGUUCAAAGGCCGCUACAACGAGCCCAUCUCGUCGCUGAUCAACCUCACCAAUCCGUCGGACAAGCGGGUGAUGUUCAAGAUCAAAACCACCGCCCCCAAGAAGUACUGCGUGAGACCCAACGCCGGCGUCCUCGACGCCAUGGAGCGCGUCUGCGUGUCGGUGUGCCUGCAACCGUACACGUUCGACGCCGGCGACAGGACCAAGCACAAGUUCCUCGUGCAGAGCGCGUACGCGCCGCCGGGCGCCGUCGACGCCGAUCGCAUUUGGAGCGACAUCAUACCCGAGCAUCUGAUGGACACCAAGCUGCGGUGCAGCUUCGACGUCGAUCAGGCCCAGAGGGAGUUCGAGCCGGCGGCGAGUUCGACGCCCGAGCGAUGCGAUGGGGAGAAGGAGCGCGAGCACGGGGUGCAGGCUGAUAUGAUGGAGGUGUUGGACGAGGAGGACUUGUUGAAGGGGAAAAUGGGUAGAUUCGAGCACGUCGAUCGGGCGCCGAUCAACGUGCAUUGGUUCUAUUUCUUCCUGUCGGUUAUCACCGGUUUCGUCGGCGUCGUUUUCGGUAAAUAUUAUUUGUGAAUGUGGGAUAUGCGAUUGUGAUGAAAU